GUGUUUGGUGACUCCGCGGAGUGAAUGGAAAUGUCGGGAAAUUGUCCCUUCCUGUAUGUACACUUCACCUUAACGGUGUGAGUCUGUGCGUGAGAAAGAGGGAAAGAGAGAGAGAGUUUAGGGCGGGUGUCGAUUCUCCCACCGGACUGGGGCUGCAGCAGGAGGGUCGAGAGGAGAGUACAGGAAGAGACAGAGGGGCGGCUGGGACCCGACUGAAGCAGGGUGGGACGUUUAAUGAAGUGUUUUUUGCAGGUAACUUUCUCUCUCACCAUGUGGGGAAAAACUCAGAUGGAAUUCCACUGAACCAGGACAAGAAAGAGAGGUAGCGGAAAACGGAGGGACAGGCGACAAGACAAAAUCAAAUCUUCUUUUGAAUCUUCCAUCAUUUGGAUAAGGAAUAACCUUCCUCCAGAGUGCUCUACACCAUUGUUUGCACAAGAAAACAGUGAAAGUGUAGUAGGAACUUGCCACUCUUCCUUGUGAGUUUUCUUCCUUUUGACUCUAACCCUUGACCUUAAGCUGUCAGUAUGAGUGGUCUAGUAGGGAAGCUGGACCCUCGCAGGAUACAGUGGCGCUCAACAUGGAACACCUUUGCGUCCCGUGUCCUGAGGACCAAACCUGUGGAGUCCAUGUUGGAUUCGGCCAUGACGGGCACCGGCGCACAUGGCACCAGACUGGCCCGUGUGCUGUCUACGGUAGACCUGGUGUCGCUGGGUGUGGGCAGCUGUGUCGGGACAGGGAUGUACGUGGUCUCUGGGCUGGUUGCUAAGGAGAUGGCUGGUCCGGGGGUCAUUGUGUCCUUCAUUAUCGCCGCUGUGGCCUCCAUACUGUCAGGAGUGUGUUAUGCAGAGUUUGGCGUGCGUGUGCCUAAGACCACAGGUUCGGCCUACACAUACAGCUACGUGACUGUGGGCGAGUGCGUGGCAUUCUUCAUCGGCUGGAAUUUGAUUCUGGAGUAUCUGAUUGGCACGGCGGCGGGGGCGUCGGCUCUCAGCAGCAUGGCCGACUCGCUGGCUAAUCACAGCAUCAGCAACUUUAUGAUUACACAUAUCGGAACACUCAACGGUUUGGGUAAAGGGGAGCAGUCGUACCCAGACCUGCUGGCGCUGCUGAUAGCACUGCUGGUGACAGUGAUUGUGGCUUUGGGAGUGAAGAACUCUGUGGGCUUCAACAACGUGUUGAACGUCAUCAACCUCAUAGUGUGGGUGUUCAUGAUGAUCGCCGGGCUGUUCUUCGUCAACGGAGAGAACUGGGACGAGGGGAGGUUCCUGCCCUAUGGCUGGUCUGGGGUGAUGCAGGGUGCAGCUACCUGUUUCUACGCCUUUAUUGGAUUUGACAUCAUUGCUACAACAGGAGAAGAGGCCAAAAGUCCCAAUACGUCCAUCCCCUACGCCAUCACUGCCUCACUCAUCACCUGUCUCACUGCUUACGUCUCUGUUUCUGUGAUCCUGACCCUGAUGGUACCAUACAAUGAGAUUGAUGCAGACGCCCCACUGAUGGAGAUGUUUGCCGUGCAUGGUUGUAUGUUUGCAAAGUAUAUCGUGGCGGUUGGCUCCAUAGCUGGACUCACUGUCUCUCUCCUGGGGUCCCUGUUCCCCAUGCCCAGGGUCAUCUAUGCCAUGGCUGGGGACGGCCUACUGUUUAAGUUCCUGGCCAAUGUGUCCUCCUACACAGAGACCCCUGCUGUUGCCUGUGUGGUGUCAGGCUUUUUAGCUGCCCUGUUGUCGCUCCUGGUCAGCCUCAGAGAUCUCAUAGAGAUGAUGUCCAUAGGAACUCUGCUCGCCUAUACCCUGGUGAGUCUGUGUGUACUCCUGUUACGUUACCAACCUGAGGGCGACAUCCACGGCUUUGUAAACUUCCUCUCUGAGGAGCAGAACAACAAGAGGAAAGAAGGUGUUCUGGCUGAAUGUGAGAAAGACGCCUGCUCGCCAACUAGUGAAGCCGAUGAGUAUGGAGGUCCGCCCACAAACACCUGUGGAGCCAAAAACCUGCCGUCGCUGGGUGACAACGAGAUGCUGAUUGGCAAACCGGAUAAAAAUGCCUACACUGCCAGUCACCCAAACUAUGGCACAGUUGACAUGACCACUGGCAUUGAAGCAGAAGAGUCAGAGAGUGGGAUGUCACGCCGGUUGAAGAAGCUUAUUGGGCCACGCUACUACACCUUGAGGAUUCGAUUGGGUCUCCCGGGAAAGAUGGACAGGCCGACUCCAGCCACAGGGAAAACUGUCACUGUGUGUGUGCUGCUCCUUUUCAUCUCCAUCUUUGCUUUCUGCUCUUUUAUCAUUUUUGGAGCCAGCAGUAUUGGGGAGGGUCGCUGGUGGGCUUUGCUGCUAUUAAUCUUUUUCAUCAUCUUCAUUGCCUUGCUCGUCGUCAUCAUCCUGCAGCAGCCAGAGAACCCUAAGAGGCUGCCCUACAUGGCGCCCUGUGUGCCCUUUGUACCUGCUUCAGCCAUGCUGGUCAACAUCUACCUCAUGCUUAAACUGUCUGCCAUCACCUGGAUACGAUUUUCAGUCUGGUGCCUCGUAGGUGUGCUGAUUUACUUCGGCUAUGGCAUGUGGAAUAGUACGCUGGAGAUCACAGCCAGGGAGAACGAGGUGCACGCCUCCACCUACCAGCGCUAUGAUCAAGGCGUAGACGAAGGCUUCUGUGGCUUCGAUGACGAUUUCUACCCGCCUACCAGUGACCCCUGGGGUGCGCCGGAGGGGGGAUCAGGACUCACCCCGCCCCCAGAAGCAAAACCAGAAAGUGACGGGACGCCAUCGAAAGGGGGAGGCAGGACCGUUGCUGAUCACGGCCUCGCAGAGGAGGAUCCGAUGGAUUUCUGAAGGGACUGACUCUGUGUUACCCUGAAUGUACUGCCUUGUCUGCUGCCUGGGGGAAGGGAGGGGAACAGUAGUAUGAGUGCAUGAAUGAUUGUGUGUGUGUGUGUGUGCAUGCCUGCAUGUGUGUGGGUAGCUGUUUGUGUGUCUAACCCUUGGGCUAGAUUGUUUCUUGGCAGUGGAACGGCUUUUCUUUCACCUUUCUCUGCCCUGCCUGGCUCCCCCACUCACACAGUGGACGUCAAGGUCAUGAGUGUCUUGUCAUAGUCACUUGUUAUUCACUUACUGGAGUCCACAUCCCACACGGAGAGAGGUCAGAUAGGAGAGUGCAGACGUAGCAAGAGAUAAAAUAUAAUGCAGUUCACGGACUUGUGAACCAUGCAACACUGUGUAGCAAUCGUUUAGCUGUUUAUACCUUAGAAUUUACGGGAUACAGAAGAGGAGAAGGUUAUGAGUGAGGGAGGGAUGAAUCAGCGCCUCUCUUCCUGUUUCAACACAGACAGACAGGAAAGUAAAAUGACAGCAUGCCAAACCCAAGUUAUUUCCUAUGUCCAGGUCUGACUUUCUCUGUUCAUUUUAUUCCUAACAGACAGGAUCACAGCUACACAUGCUCGUAAGAAACACAAAAAACUUUCUUAAAACUCAACAAACGCUUUCCGUCUUUUUUAACAUACUUGCCCUAACCCCAAACAUCUAGCCCAAGGGAAACAAGAGUGGAAUGGGAAAAGGGUGUUGAUGUUUUCUGUCACAAAUAGUACUUGGACUUUGCUUGCAAUAGUGCCUUCAUCUACUGUAUGUGUGUUUGGAUUACGUCUGUUUUCUACUUUAAUUUUGCCUGUGUACACGUGAGGAUGUAUGUGCAAUCAAACUCCACCUUUUACAUUGAUUCUCAUGUCUGUGUGUGUAGAUAUAAAUUGUGUUCUUCUGGUUGUUUUAUUGCAUAUGUGUAGGUAUUUGUUUUGUUUUCUGUUCCUCCCACUCUUUGCCCCAGCAUGAAGCUCAAAAACAUCCACCCGCAACAAAGCAGCUCACGGUGCAAUAUAACACAAGCUCGUCAGCUCAUCAGUGUACCUAAAAGGAGGAGAGGGUAGAGGUUGUAACGGAGAAAGAGAGAGAGAGAGAGAGGUUGAAUCCAAAUUGACAACCUGCAUGGUUUAUCGUGAUGAAUGUCAUAUUUUCUGUUCAGUCUUUUCUGUGUGCUUGUCUCUUUAUUGAUGCAGUUCUUGCUGUUAACCAAGGUUGGGAGGGAAUUCAUUUUUCAGUUCACUCAAUUCAAAAUAUAUAGAUUUUCUUCCCAGUUACUUUAUUCUUUAAGAAGAAUACAGAGUUAUUCAGAGGGAAUGUUGUUUGAAAACAAAGUGAACUGAAAUCUACUUCCCUCUCUUCCAUUUCUCUCCUUUUCCCCCUCCCUUCACUUGCUUUUUUCUCUUCUUCCACUUUCUGCAUUUUUUCAUCCUCUACUUCCAUCACUUGUUUGCUCUUCCAGCCCAACUCUUCCUUUAUCUAUUUGCCACCUCACUUUCCUCUUGGUAUCCAUGGGGCCAUGUCAUCAGGGAGUUACCACUUUAAGUCACAAGUGAUAGAGCCAGGAUGGGUUUUCAGUCUGGAUUUGAAACAGCAAUCUGUUCAUGGCCUGCACAUCCAUUAGCUCCUGUUUCACCUUAGGGUGUCUGCUAUCACUCUUUUGAUUUGUCACCGGAGCAUUUACUCCUCUCCCUGUGGUUCUGUUCCAUCUCAGGCCCAAACUAGUCUGAGUGAACCUCCCUAGUGGCCCUUACCUCUUCAGUUUCUAAUGCAUGUAGCAAGUGUUGAAGUCCCACUCUUUACAUGCUACUUACAGCGUUACUGCACGCCUGAAUAAGGUAUUGUGAUAACCAAUCAAAUCAAAUCAUGGUCCUGUAUAGCUCAAUGUGUAGGACAUGUAAGCUAAUGCUGCCAAGGUUAAGGGUUUGAUUGCAUACUAAGAAUGUAUGAACUCAUGGCACUAUAAGGGAUUCUGGCAUACACCAAAUAGCAUACUAUUGUGUUAUUAUGUUGAGGGUGGGGGCACUUCUGCAAUAGCUGCUGCCGUAUGCCCUGAUUGUCCUCCUUGUACCUUUUCCUUGUGCCCCCUGUUGCUGCAUCAGUCCCUUCCAGGGAAGCCUUAUUUGUCUAAUGCACUAAAUCUAAGGAUGCCACGCUAAAACCCCCACCCUACCUCUGCUCCCGUCACACCUGGUCACACUCACAAAAAGAGUUUCCCUCAUGUAGGAAUAGGCCCUUUGGUGUCAUCCAGUAAAAUUAUUGUGAUACAAACCCACCCCCCCCCCAAAAAAAAUGCCCGGUAUCUCUAGGAAUGAUGCUGAUAUUGGACAAUUCUGCUGCAUGCCAGUGAGGGAAGGAAAUUAAGGGUGUUGAGGUUGGAGUGGCAGACUUUCAUGCAGAGACUGGAGUGCUCAUCACAUACCAACCAGGGCUGUAGCUAAAGAUUAGGACAGAUUUCUGGGAAUUUGGUAGUUUAUUAGACGGGGGUAGUUUAAGCUUACCCAUGAUGGGUCUUUUACAAGCGGAUUCCAGUAUUUUUAUACUCAUUAUAUCUAAAUUUGACUAUCUUUAGACCAAAAUGCAUAACAAAGGAUUCAGUAUUUCCUGACCAAAAUUGUAUCUUUGGUUGUGUGGAGAUAUAUGUAGAGAGAGAGAGAAAGAAAAAUAAGAAAAAAAGUGUAAAGAAAAAAUCUGGAUUUUGUUUUGG